AUGUGUCGCUACGUCUUCCACCACUAUACCGGCUGCGGCCACAUCGCCAGCUUCGAUUUCCAUAGCUGCGUCGACGUCAUUAAUCUGCUGCGCGGAUUAUCCCAACCAGACUCGAAUUCGCCCGAAGUGUCGUGCACCAACAUCAAGGUCGAACACGACUUGUGCUCCACUAAGAUAGAGGCCUACUGUUUGCAAUGUGAAAUUGACUGGCAGCGCUUGGCCCAAGGCACUGAAGGGGCCGUUCACAACAUCCCAGACUACAUUUCAAUCGAAGGGAUCAACAACCCAGACCCAAUCAUUACCACCAAGAUGCAGUGGCAGGCUCCCAGGUCCGGAAAGCGCGAUUUCAACGACGCCUUUCUCGACCUGGACCUCGAUGGCGGCCACAAGUCCGACAGCAGCAAUGACAGCACCGUCCAACCCAGCACCAUCGCCAAUACUUCAACUCUCAGUUCCCCCGAGCUAUGGCAUGAAUUUGUUGAUGUCCCACUGAACGUCCAUGACCACCACGCCGCAGACGAGGACAAAGAGGAAUGUGGUCCUGGCCCAGCCAAGAAACGUAAUGACUCCAUCUCUGAAGACUACGUGGUGAUCGGUACUGACAUCGUCACCACCCAGGCAGAACGACUUACUAGCGUAGCCAACGACGAAGUCUCGGAGGACGACUUCUAUAUCCUGUGGUUGUCUGACUCCGAGUCGGACUCGGACGAUGGCGAGACAGAAGGCACCAGCAGAUCCCUCAUGCGCCAGUUGGGAAGAUUCACUUUCCGAACCUACCGAUCUACAUCUCGAACCCCUAAUCCCCCUUGUUCACCUCGUACACGUCCUCGUCCGGACGUGCUUCCUCUGUACGUGGGCUUUCCCGGCCAACAGCCGGAAAGGUCGCCUCGGACUCUUCGGCAUUUGUCUAGGGGAAAUUACCUCGAUGCGAGGACGGAGCUGCAGUCGCCUGUGUUUGACGGGUUUCCUGGAAUUCUUCCAGAUGAGGAGGAGUUGGGACUGCGGUCGCCAGGUCUUGUGAUUUUCCCGCGUAUUGUUAUUGAAGAUGUUGAUGAGGAGGGGAAGGGGAAAGAGAAAGAGAAGGUAGAGGUGGGCAAAUCGACUGGUACGGUGUUGGGUCUUCGCGGUGCGAGUUUGGCUUCUGGUUCUGGGUGUGCUGCUGCUGCGUUGAAGGGGCUGAAUAUUGCGAUGCCGAGGGAGUCAUCUUGCUAG